UUUUUGAAGUUCUUACGGAUGACUACCCACCCAUGAAAUCAUGAAAACCUGUCCUUUUUAGCUGAAAAAUGGCGUUUACCUCAAGCUGUUGUUUCAACAGCUAGUUUACUUGGCUAUAGACCGAAGAUAAGCCUAAUUCCACAACAUGGAAGAUAUUUUUUCUGCUUCGCGUGACGGCAACACAAGAUUUGUGAAAACAUGGCUGGAGGAUACGAGAAACGACUUGAAUCUCGGGGAUGAUCAUGGUUUUACGCCGUUUUUGUGGGCUUGUCGAGAAGGACAAGUCGCUAUUUUUGACAUGUUAUUGUCUCGUGGAGCAAGAGUUAACGCUGUAAACGAUGGUGGCGAUAAUGGACUGCACUUGGCAGCCAGCAAGGGAAACAAAGAAGUUGUCCUCAAGCUUCUUCGAAAUAAAUGUGCAGUUAACGGCAUCAAUGAACAUGGUAAUACUCCAUUACACUAUGCAUGUUUCUGGAAUUAUGAAAGUGUUGCAGAGGAGCUUGUCAAGAAGGGUGCUUAUGUGUCUCAGUGUAACAGAUUUGGAGAAACUCCACUUGAUAAGAGUAAACCUUACUUAGCUGAGAUCUUGAAAGAUCUUGCUACACAACUUGGACAGAAUCUUAAGAAAAUCCCCUAUAAAGAUUCUUCCAACAAAGGAGGCAGAAGAAUUGAUUUAAGAGACAUAAAGGAUAGAUAUGAAUGGAUUUCACCAGAUGAAAUAACACUCACAGAGAAAAUAAGUAAAACAGUAACUGGUGAGGUUUGGAGAGGCAAGUGGAACGAUAUUAACAUUGUUGCCAAAAAACUAGCAAUAAAAUUUGUCAAUAAACGUAUUUCUAGAAACUUCAGUGAAGAGUAUUCUAAGUUGAGAAUUUUCUCACAUCCAAAUGUUCUGCCAGUAAUAGGAGCUGUUAACGAUCAUAAGAACCUGAUAGUGUUAUCCCAACAAAUGCACUAUGGGUCACUGUUUAACAUUCUUCACGAAGGAACUGGUAUCAUUGUAGAUCAAGAACAAGCCAUCAAGUUUGCUAUGGAUAUCGCAAGGGGAAUGGCAUAUUUACACUCUCUAGAUCAACUCAUUCCCAGACUUUACCUGAAAAGUACACAUGUCAUGAUAGAUGAAGACCUAACAGCAAGAAUCAGUAUGGCUGACUAUAGAUUUUCCUUCAUGAAUCUCAGUAAAUAUGAGUCUCCAAACUGGAUGGCUCCAGAAUUUCUUCAAAAAAGCCCUGAAGAAGUUGACCAGAGGUCAGCAGACAUGUGGAGUUAUGCUAUCCUGUUAUGGGAGUUGGUGACAAGAGAGGUUCCAUUUGCAGAUCUUUCUCCAAUGGAGAUUGGCAUGAAGGUUGCUUUGGAAGGAUUAAAGCCUCCCAUCCCACCAGGUGUGUCAUCUCACAUGGUCAAGUUAGUCAGUAUCUGCUGGAAUCCUGACCCCAGCAAGAGGCCCAGAUUUGAUCAAAUUAUUCCUAUUCUGACAAAAAUGUCUUUGUAGAAAUAUAUUUUAUUAUAGAUCUCUAUUUUUGUAAGUUAAUAAUAUUGUGCAUGUUUUUAGUUAUUUGAUGAAUCAUACAAAUAUAUUGACUCUAUUGAUUUGAUGUCUUCAAGUGAAAUGAAAUAAUGACCUUUUUAACAGUAUCAAUCUAUGUUGAACAUUACAUGCGCUGUUUCUAGAUAUAAGAGAGUCUAGUCCUAGUUUUUUUAAGAAGAUUAGUCAAUAAUUAAUUCUUAUAAAUAAUAAUAUUACAGCAAUACUUUAUAAGUCGUCAGUACUCCAUGGACAAUAUUAUUUUGUUCAGGACAGAUGUUCAAGGGUUGAAUAAAUAUUUUGAUAAUGGAGCGUUUGUGCCCUAGACUAUAUUCUAUCAUGGAUUAAAUCAUAAAUCAUAAUCACAUUUAGUAAAUAUUAGCAUAUGUGA